UAUUGAAUGAGAAAUUUCAGUUUAUUACAAUAAGUCGAAAACACAACAACCACGGACUGCAAUGGGUCCGGAAAAAGCAACGUUUUUAACACAUCUUCUGAUAGUGUGUGUGACAUGGCAAAUUGGUCAAGUGGAUUCGGCCAAUAUAUUGGGCCUGUUUACUAGUCAUAGUCCCUCGCAUUUAAUAGUUCAUAUGUCAGUGGCUAAAGCUUUGGCGGAAAAAGGUCACAAUGUAACCGUAGUAGCGUCUCAAGUACCCAAAGUUAAACACGAUAAAAUUCACUUAAUCAUCAUACCACCUACCGAAGAGCAUGAGCAACUACUCAGCAAGGAAGUUUCUGGAAUGGCUUUAAAGAAAAAUAACAUUUUUACCACCAUCGGUAACUUUUUCGGCUCGUUAAAACUGCUUAUCGAUAUGCAAGCGGACAUAUUAAAACAUCCCCGUUUUACGGCACUUUACGAAAAUCCUGAUACAAAAUUUGAUUUGGUCAUAAUGGGUUAUUUUAUGAAUUCAUUUGAAUAUGGUGUAGCAGCUAAAUUUAAAGCUCCUUUAGUUAUUAGUUGGAGUGGCUCUUCUAUGCUAUUGAGCGAUAUCAUGGUAGGUAAUCCCAGUGAAGAGUCUUAUGUACCGGGUAUGAAUAUGGCCGUUAAACUUGGUGAAAAAAUGACAUUUUUGGAACGACUUCAAAAUUUAUUUUCAAACUUAUUCUUUAGAAUCGUAAAAGAACUGCUCGAUAUUCGUAUGCGUUCCUUUUACCGUGAUUUGUUCCCCACUGACGGUUCAUUUCCCAGUUUAAGUGAAAUGGAGAAGAAUAUAUCAUUGGUAUUUUGCAAUGGACACUUUAGCGAGGGUCCUAUUAGACCCAAUGUACCAGCUGUUGUAGAAAUUGGUGGUAUACAAGUCAAGGAUACCCCCGAUCCACUACCCGAGGACAUUGCUAAAUUUCUAGAUAGUGCCAAUGAAACCGGUGCCAUACUUUUCAGUUUAGGUUCCAAUCUCCAAGGUUCCAGCAUUAAACCCGAAACUGCCACUCACAUUUUCAAUGUCUUGUCAAAACUAAAACAAAAAGUAGUUUGGAAAUGGGAAGAUUUAAAAAAUACUCCUGGAAAAUCCGACAAUAUUCUAUACAAAAAAUGGAUGCCACAAGAUGAUAUUUUGGCACAUCCAAAUCUCAAAUUGUUCAUCACACAUGCUGGUAAGGGAGGCGUAGCUGAGGCUCAAUAUCAUGGUGUUCCCAUGGUGGCUUUACCCGUUUUUGCGGAUCAGCAUGGCAAUGCUAUGAAAAUGGUUGCCAAUGGCUAUGGCCAAUAUUUGGAGUUGCUAACACUUACUGAAGAUCCCUUCAGACAGACUAUCUUGGAUGUCCUAAACAAUCCACAGUAUAGGGAAAAUGUUAAACGAUUUUCACAACUUUAUCGUGAUCGUCCUCUAACAGCACGUGAAACUGUUGUGUUUUGGACCGAAUAUGUUUUACGUCAUUAUGGUGCUGCACAUAUGCAAAGUCCUUUGGUGCAUAUGAAUUUCAUCGAGAGUCUUAACUUGGAUAUAUACUUGUUUAUUGUGAUUAUAUUAUAUGUGAUUUUUAGAAUUUUCAAAUUCGUUACUCUAUUCAUUUUGGCCAAAGUUUGCAAAAAAGGUUCAGCGGCGGCGUCGAAUAAAAAGGCUAAAAAAGUAAAAUCACAAUGAAAUUAAAUUAAGUAAGAUAUUUUUUAAAAAA